AUGGCAGUUGGAAAAAAUAAGAGGAUUUCUAAGGGAAAGAAGGGCGGCAAGAAGAAGGCGGCGGAUCCCUUUGCCAAGAAGGAUUGGUACGAUAUCAAGGCCCCUUCUGUAUUUCAGGUCAAGAAUGUUGGCAAGACUCUCGUCACCCGUACACAAGGCACAAAGAUUGCUUCUGAAGGACUCAAACAUAGAGUGUUUGAGGUAUCAUUGGCUGAUCUUCAAGGAGAUGAGGAUCAUGCAUUCAGGAAGAUUAGGUUGAGAGCUGAAGAUGUACAAGGGAAGAAUGUUCUGACAAAUUUCUGGGGAAUGGAUUUCACCACUGACAAGCUGAGGUCAUUGGUUCGUAAAUGGCAAACUCUUAUUGAAUCCCAUGUUGAUGUGAAGACAACUGAUAAUUACACAUUGAGGAUGUUUUGUAUUGGAUUUACCAAGAGAAGAGCUAACCAGGUGAAGAGGACCUGUUAUGCACAAUCAAGCCAGAUUAGACAGAUUCGCAGGAAGAUGAGAGAGAUUAUGACCAACCAAGCAACUUCCUGUGAUUUGAAGGAGUUGGUGCGCAAGUUUAUUCCUGAGAUUAUUGGAAAAGAGAUUGAGAAGGCAACAUCCAGUAUUUACCCUCUGCAGAAUGUUUUUGUUCGAAAAGUCAAGAUCCUUAAAGCUCCUAAGUUUGAUCUUGGGAAACUGAUGGAGGUUCAUGGUGAUUACUCAGAAGAUGUCGGUAUAAAGGUAGAUAGACCUGUGGAUGAAACAAUUGCAGAGGAACCAACUGAAAUUGUUGGAGCUUAG